AUGACGUUCCACGGUCGUCAUGGAAAGAAGUCAACAACAGAUGCGCUACAAUUUUUACUAAAUUUUCUACUCUAUUUUUAUUUCUUUUUCUUUUCCUUCCUCUUUCUUUUCUUCUUUCUUUAUUCCUUUAUUGAAUCUGGAAAUAGCCAUGAACAUGUCACAGGAGACCGAAAAAAGAAACACGAGGAUUCUUCGCCUGAUACGUGCCCUCAGGGCCGAAAAAAAAAACGAGGAUUCUUCGCUCGAUACGUGCACUCAGGGCCGAAAAAAACACGAGGAUUCUUCGCUCGAUACGUGCACUCAGGGCCGAAAAAACACGAGAUUCUUCGCUCGAUACGUGCACUCAGGGCAGAAAAAAAAAACGAGGAUUCUUCGCUCGAUACGUGCACUCAGAGCCAAAAAAACGAGGAUUCCUCGCCUCGAUACGUGCACUCAGGGCCGAAAAAACACGAGGAUUCUUCGCUCGAUACGUGCACUAAGGGCCGAAAAAAACACGAGGAUUCUUCGCCUGAUACGUGCACUCAGGGCCGAAAAAAAAGCACGAGGAUUCUUCGCUCGAUACGCGCACUCAGGGCCGAAAAAAAAAACGAGAAUUCUUCGCUCGAUACGUGCACUCAGAGCCGAAAAAAAAACGAGGAUUCUUCGCUCGAUACGUGCACUCAGGGCCGAAAAAACACGAGGAUUCUUCGCUCGAUACGUGCACUCAGGGCCGAAAAAAACACGAGGAUUCUUCGCUCGAUACGUGCACUCAGGGCCGAAAAAAACACGAGGAUUCUUCGCCUGAUACGUGCACUCAGGGCCGAAAAAACACGAGGAUUCUUCGCUCGAUACGUGCACUCAGGGCCGAAAACACGAGGAUUCUUCGCUCGAUACGUGCACCAGGGCCGAAAAAACACGAGGAUUCUUCGCCUGAUACGUGCACUCAGGGCCGGAAAAACACGAGGAUUCUUCGCUCGAUACGUGCACCAGGGCCGAAAAAACACGAGGAUUCUUCGCCUGAUACGUGCACUCAGGGCCGAAAAACACGAGGAUUCUUCGCUCGAUACGUGCACUCAGGGCCGAAAAACACGAGGAUUCUUUUUGCUCGAUACGUGCACUCAGGGCCGAAAAAAAACACGAGGAUUCUUCGCUCGAUACGUGCACUCAGGGCCGAAAAAAACACGAGGAUUCUUCGCCUGA